GAACGAUCGCAGUGUCAUUCAUUCACAGAUUUUUAGUUUUUUCAUUCACUCUUCACAGCUUGCACUCGAUAAAUUAGGUUUAGUCCGAUUUAUUUUAAUAAUUUACUGUUUUAGUUUAUCGAUUGCAAAAUGAAUUCCGUGCUAAACCCAGAGGCCCCAGAAUUUUACCCACAUUUGACAACAGUAACACAGGGUGGCUACACAACUGUACAUAGAACAAUAAGAUCAACAAACCAGAUGCCAGUGGGUGCCUCCUACGACAUAUUCAAGACUUUUACAGAUUUUAACGUUGUCACAUGCCAAUUAAGUGAAAAUGUUGUUGUACAAUCAAACCAAAUACUUGUAACAGAGUUACCAGCUGUGAAGUUGAAACUGAAUGACAACGAAUACAACACGGAGAAGGUGGUGGACGCCAACGACAGCAUGCUCGACCGCAUCAACCUGCACGUGGACAUGCUGAGCGGCGCGCUCCGGCCCAGCGCCGCCUUCCUGGGCGGCCUGGCGCGCCCGCCCGCGCCCGUCAUCGCCAAGAUCGAGGUGGGAUCGACCAUGUUCAUCGGCGCCAAGAACAUCCCGCGGCCGCAGCUUCUGUUCAAGGAGCCGGUGGACAACUCCGACAGCCUGUGGGUGCCCAAGAUCUCCGACAAGCCCAACAACAUCAAGCCGCUGGCGCUCAACAUCCUCUACAACGAGAACGGAGAAGCAGUCGGAUACGAGCACCCGUACAAAGUGGAGCUGGAGCUGUACCAGCCGCCGAGCUGGCUGCUGGAGCCGGAGCCCGAGGCUCCCGCGUUCCCUCCGCCGCCCGAGGACACGCGGCUGACGCUCGUGGAGACCGCCGAGCAGCUGGACCGGCUCGUCGCGCACCUGGGCUCCGUGCGCGAGCUGGCCGUCGACCUGGAGCACCACUCCUACCGCUCGUACCAAGGAAUCACGUGCCUCAUCCAGAUCUCGACGGACGAGGGCGGCGACUUCAUCGUGGACGCGCUGGCGGCGCGCGAGCACGUGCACAAGCUCAACGUCAUCUUCACGGACCCCACCAAGCUCAAGGUGUUCCACGGCGCGGAGAGCGACGUGCUGUGGCUGCAGCGCGACUUCGGCGUGUACGUGGUGGGGCUGUUCGACACGCACCGCGCCGCGCGUGCGCUCGGCCUGCCGCUGCUGUCGCUCAAGGGGCUCCUGGCGCACUACUGCAACGUGUCCGCCGACAAGAAGUUCCAGCUAGCCGACUGGCGCAUCCGGCCGCUGCCGGCGGAGCUGGUGGCGUACGCGCGCGGCGACACGCACUACCUGCUGUACGUGGCGCGCCGCCUGCGCCGCGAGCUGUGCGCGCGCGCCGCCUCGCCGCGCCUGCUGCUGGCCGUGCUCGACGCCUCCCGCCAGCUGUGCGGCGCGACGUACAACAAGGAGGCGGUGCGCGACGACAGCCACCUGGCGCUGUACGUGCGCUCGCGCAAGAAGUUCAACUCGCAGCAGAUGGCGGCGCUGCAGCUGCUGUACAAGUGGCGCGACGCGCACGCGCGCGAGCUCGACGAGAGCACGACGUACCUGCUGCCCAACCACAUGCUGGUGGCGCUGGCGGAGUCGCUGCCGCGCGAGCUGCAGGGCGUCAGCGCGUGCUGCAGCCCCACGCCGCCCUUCGUCAAGCAGAACCUGCUCGCCAUACAUCGCCUGUUGUUGUCCUGCCGCGAGUUGCCGCCGGAGCCGCAGGUGCUGGGUGUGCCGCGCGGGGCGGGCGGGGCGGAGGCGCCGGCGCGCGCGCACCUCGUGCACGACCUCGCGCACCUGCCCGACCACGGCCAGGAGAAGCCGAUCAACCUGGAGCGCGCGGAGCAGCUGCUAACGGCGCCGGCCUGCGCCCCCGAUAUCCCGGCCUUCGCCCCCGUGCACGCCGUGGUGUCGGAUUUGAACGUUGAUGCAAAACUUUUCAUUCCACCAUACGAUAGAUAUAGGAAAUAUCGUUCUUUGGCACAGAUUGAGGAGUUAAAAGAAUUCAAAGAAAAGGAAGCAAAAAUUGCGGCCAUCAGCAAAGACAACGAGCUGAUCAAGUCAGAGGUGCUGGACAAGCUCAAGCAGGCGUCGCGCGCGCCCACGCCGCCCGCUCCCGCGCCCGCGCCCGCUCCCGCUCCCGCGCCCGCGCCCGCCGCCGCUGACGCCGACGACGCCAAGAAGGCGCAGAGGAAACGCAAGAUCUCCGACAAGGAGCGCAAGGAGGCGGCGCCGGCGCCGCCCGGGCCGACGCUGGAGCAGCCGGCGCCCGCGCGCGCGCCCGCCAAAUCCAAGAGCGUCAAAAUGGCCGCCGAACCUCCCAAUCUCAAAAAUGUAAUUUACAAGAAUGUAAAUUACAGGAAGUUUUACGACGCGGAAAAAUCGCGCAAGCAACCCAAAAUGAAAUUUAAGAAGCAUAAAUAGUUUUUUUAAGCGAAACGACGGAAUAUAUUAUCGUAUAUACUUUUUACUUAUAAA